GCUCCCACUACCCGGUAGGUGGAACAGUUAGUACAGCGUGAGCUAUUGGAAUUCACAACUGUCAACGUAGAAGACAAGUUUCAAUUAAUGCAUAGUGAAUGGAGAAGGAGUUAGAUACUGCGAUGGGUGAAGUUGUGGAUUGAACUGGUAUAGCCAGUAGGCAUUUGUGAUAUUCCGGAUAUUAGGACACACAUUCUAGUUUAGUGCAGAUUGAGUUUUUACCCGGGGAACCAUUUCUCGCUUGGUGAGUUAUGGGUAGUUGGGCCAGUCCAUAGCAAUGCAACAGCCUGUGCAGAAGGUUUCUAGGAUCUAGCUCAACUAUAGAAGUCAAAAGGAUCAUUUGAGGGUGCAAAGCAAUACGGGUACUAUAAAACUCCUAAUACUUUUUUAUCGUUGGAUAUCAUAGAUUCAAAUAGGAAUCUCGAUGGACAGCUAGAUUACGGUUUGGAGAAAGCAGAUUAGAUAGUUGACAUUGUCAAAAUAUUAAGGCAAGUUAACGUAGCUAACCUCCAAAAUAACUUAAGUGGGUAAACUGCAGACGUGCGGAUUUUCUACAACCGGGAUGGAUAUUUACUAAAUUGUGUAUUUUUCUAAUCAGUGUGAUUUGGACCAAUAUGAAAUGAACAUGGGAGGUGAUAUAUUCGUCGCGUUAUUGGCGAUUGCAUUCGUCGCAUCAUGGAUACCUACUGUUCGAGGAUUCACAAAAGCACACCAUCGAAGAGGAACAAAAAAUGACAGAAAUGAUAAAGUCUCCUACACAGUGAUUCCCAUGCCAUCCUUCAACGAAACCCCCGUAAACUUCUCAGCAAGCCCAGGGGAUAUCGCAAUACUCAGAUGUUCAGUUCACAAACUAGGCACAAAAACGGUAAUGUGGCGGCGGAAGGCUGACAAGCAUCCGUUAACGAUAGGAAAAUUCACGUUCGUGGGCGACCCCCGUAUCAACAUAAACCACCGAAUGAAGACGGGCACGGAAGAACAGCAAGAGUGGGACUUGAUUAUACGAGAUGUACAGAAGUCUGACGGGGGGCUUUACGAAUGUGAAAUUAGCACAAAACCAAAAUUGGUUAGAGAUGUUGAACUUCAAAUAGUAGAUAAACCACCAUCAAAAAAAUAUAAAGCACCGAAUAACACCGCCGAUUUACGCGGCACAGGCCGCUUCAGAGUGAGCGUCCAAGGGACGGAGUACACAGAUGUCGGGAAAAAGAUCUACAUCGUGUGCAAUUCAACAGGAAAAGACGAACCACCUACACAGGUAGCAUGGUUCAAGGAUGGGGACAAGAUCGACUCUAACGCUGACACGGGCGUAUUAAUAACAAAAUCAAUUAAAGACAAUACAUUAUUAAGUGUUCUUGUUAUAAAGCGUAGUAAGAUGAACGAUGCAGGGAACUACGUGUGUCGGUUAUCGCGCGACAAUGCAAAGGGGAUCACGGUGCACGUCCUAAAUGUUUCGAACAGCAAUGUAAAACGUGCACAUGGAUCGAACCUUGUUGUAAUGAAUACCCAAGGGACGAAUCCAGGCCCUGCACACCAACAAUCUCGGAGUCUGGCCCCUCACCUCCGGCAGUCAACAUGGACAAUACUCUGUGCUCUAAUACUGACUUAUAUCUCAAAGCGGUAUACCAUCUUCGAAAUAGUAUGAUUAUGCAACAAAAGAGGUGGAGAUUUUGAUAUGGAAGACAACAAAAACUCAACCAAAGUGAGAGAAGGAAGCCGACACAACCACUGUGAUUCACUUUAUGGUCAACACUAUAAACUAGGGAUCCAGCGAUCUCUGGUUUGAAUGGGUUCCAAUAUCAAACCAGUGUGCAAGUCAAUAUCAACAUAGUAAAAUUAGCGAUCCACCAUAAAGACUGGUCUUCUGACUUGAGUUGAAUUUCAAACCAGGGUGCAAGUUAGAAAUACUGUAAAGCGUGUGACGAGAUUUUCCAAAAGUUGAAUGCAGUUGCGGUACCAUCUUCCUAUGUUGGCAGCGGAGAUUAUGUGGAGAACCUUUAACUUCUUUCAAUCAAGCAGGGCGAAAAAUCUAAAAUAUCUCAAAUUGAGUGCCCAUGGGAGAGUUGAAUGAUUGGUUUCCUGAAACUUUAUUGACUGAUCAAGUCUCUCCAUUGUCGCAUUUCGAAUAAGGAAAUCGGCCACUUUAUCACACCAUGGAUCAAUGGUUCGUCGGCGCACUCAUCAAUUCUAAAACUCUGUCAAUGUUUUAUUCCACUUUUAAAUGAGGAUUUUCUGAUUUUGUUGUCAAAACGAUUCAGUGCAAAUAAGCUACGCUGAGCGCCAUGAUGGUCCAAAACGCCCUGUCACUGCAUGAGCUUUCAUUUCCUAUUUAUACCCUGUUGACGGAAGGAGCAAAUAAUUUCAUUGACUGCUUUGCCAAGGAGGUUCUAAAAAUCAUUACUUCGUACAUGUUCUCUGAGAUGUUGACAUUUCAAAACAAGAAACUUUAAUCUGUACACAUGUUGAUGGUAUUUGGCUACUACAUGAAAUCAAAUAUUGUACAUACAGGAAGUUCACAGUUAAAUGUAUAUAUACUUCUUAUCAAAAUGUGAUGGCUCUCAAGAUUUGGACAGGACUUCCAGUUUCUGCGGACGCAACAAAAACAUAAGCGAAAUUCGGUAUGGACACCUCUGGACUUGUCGGGACAAAAAGCCUGUAACUCUGUACAUCCUUAUUGGCUUCAGUAACUUGUUGUAAGGGAAAUUGAAAAUGCAAUGGUUUUUGCAACUGCUAUGAGAAUGGAAAAGGAAACAAAUGUGGACUGUUCGAUCUGACGAGCAACUUUGUGAAAGAUUUGGCCAAACUUUUGAUGAAGGAUAUUAGAAGGACAAAACAAGGUUGAACUCUUUGCCCUCGUGGAUUGGUAAAUAAUGCAGAGGAAAUGGUUUGGUAAACCAUGCAGAGUCUUGGUGAAAGUGAAAGAUACGAAUGCCUGACACAUUGAAUAAUAAUGUACUCCAAUUAAAUUGUACGAAAAUUUGGGGGGGGGAAGGAUCAGCAGAGGAAUACGCCCAUGUUCUUGCGCUUGCAGCCAUAGAACUAAUCUGAUGUUUUUCGUCUCGAUUGAGACUCGUGGGUUUUGAGGGAUACUGGGUAUGUUAGUGGCAAUUUUAUGACAGAGCUCUAACCCUUGCUAUGGCAGGUUAUUUGGAUUAAACCUGUAGGUUCGUACACUCCUGUAAAACCAGCUGGACAGCAAGAGGUGCUCAUCAGUGAUCUAAAUUAUACAUGCAUGUAUUUCUAAGCGAUGACUUUGAAUCCAUCAACACGUUCAGUAUUUUGUGAAAUUAUGCUUCACGCUGAGGGCAUGGGCGGACCGAUCUGACCUGACUGUAUGAUGUGAUUGUUUAUGUUGAAUAAAAUUAGUAUAUCACAACAACAAAUACUUGCGGCAGAACGUGGACAUGAAACCGAGCAAAAAUAUGUAUUGUUCAACAAAUUCUUCUUAAUAUUAUCAAUGCAUAUUUGCCUUUAUAGACCGUGCAUGUAGUCAGUGGAUUCUAGGUCGGCCAUAGUGUUGUACUUUUGAUAUCUUUAGCUUUUCGACUAUUCAAGAUGAUAACAUCUUAAUGUAUAAACAAGGGCUUAGUUGUUGAAGUGUGCCAGAGACUAGGGUCGUGGCCGCUCAUAUCGGCUGUUGCUUACUCAAGGAACUGAAUACUAUUUGCUACUGCCAUGUUUGAGAGUGAACGAUCAUACCCUUGCAACCGAGCUGGUUUUGAGAUAGUCAACUGACGUCUAGGUAAGAUAUAGAUGGAGUUUUAUGUUUGGCAAAGUUUUGCUGUCACCUUCUAAACCCAGGAACUUGGAUGUUAUCAAUCCAUGGUAUAAGUCAACCAUAGUCCUGGUCUCUUUAAGCAUCUGAGCCCAAAUGGUUGGUAUAUGUAUAUGUAAAUGAGCAUGACCAUGUUCAUAUCUAAUAUGUGAAUAAUAAUGUAUUCUGAUGCCAAUGUUGCAGUGGUCCCUGAAAUACCAAGUCAACAAUUUGGGGGAGUAACAUUUAUUUAAUGAAGUACCAAUAUAUAUAAUGGAACAGUUGAGGUUUCGCCAAAAUAUGUUAAGUCCAAAACUGAAUAAUGCAUUGCAAUGUUAGUAUAAAGUAUUACAAAGUCAAGUCCUGUAUAUUUCUGAGUAUUGGCAUCGGCGUGCUUCAGCUUUCAACUAAGAACGUUAAACUGAUUUUUGUGAUGUUGAAUUGGUAUUUUUGGGUCCAAAGCUACAUAAGCCAAGUAACCACUGACGUAUGAAUGCCUAAUUAAUACGUCACAAUGGUAAUAAUAAAGAUAUUUUCUUACAACAAAGUGCCAGGAUGAGGCGUAUAAUACUCAUCAGAUGCCAAUGAUUCUAAGAAAAUAGUAUAGAAUCUCAACUCCAUGACUAGAGCAUUGUUUAUUUCUAUGUUCAAUGGUUGAAUUAUAUUAGAACUUUACAUUGAGUCUUGUAAAGUUUUCAUGAUACUGUCUACGGUGAACCCAUUGAUGUUCAUGUGCAGUUUCACAAAGUUCAAUUCGAGCAGAAUCUUGCUCUGAAGUUGGCGGUCUUUAAACUUGCAAAUUGCAUGUACCGCAGUGCAGUGGAACCUCCCCGAGACUGAACACCCUUUGAUACGACAAUCAUUCCUUACGAAGGGUCCAGAUCUACGAGAUGAAUUCAACAAGAAAUUGAGACACUUCUGAUAUGUCACUUUAAAGGGUGUUGUCCUAUUUGAGUAUCUUUUAGAAAGAGGUUCAGUUGCACCCCUUCAGACUGCUGCAGACGAAAAAGGAUCGUCCUGGUGCGCCGUUGAACCACACGCGUAAACAAGAUUGUUGUCCUACUGAACCAUCUUUACUGUUGUUAAACAGGCAGCUUCCAUAGAAGAACCAAAGAUAACAUGGAUGUAUUCAGGGCGAAGUAAUCAAGGGAACCGAAGCUAGAGUUCCAUGAAGGUGUUCGACAUGAACUAAGCCAUAAAACCUUCGUACAAAGACUCAAAAUAUGUGAUGAACGCAACUUGCAUGCAGAUUUACAUAGCCGCCAUUUUUAAGUACGAAUUUAUAAUGCUGAUAUUGUGGGAUUGAACUGAUCUUCCAAUUUUCUGAACACACUACAUUUGCUUUUGAUGGAUAAUGAUAUAAAGAAUUACUUCAAAUUCAAAUUACAUAUUAGAAGAUCGCACAGAAACCAUGCAUUGAAUUUUACAUCAACAAAACUGCGCAAAUUUCGGUAAACAAGGUUGAAGCAGUUCCACAGGCUGUCCCAUUGAAUGCAUCAUCUACAAAAAUAGCUGUUGGAUCUGCGAGGGAUAACUCAGCUUCUGACAGAUUGUAUGUCACCUAAGAUAAUGAUAGUAGUAAAAUGUGUUAUGCACAAUACCUAUCCGUUAGAAAGCGUCAUAUCAUGUCACCCAAGAUUAUGACUGGACCUAGCUGUUGGAAAGCUUCAAAUGAUAUAGUGCAAAACGUAUUUUACACAUUAUACCAAUGUGUCACCCACGAUUAUGAUGAUGGUGGAAAAUGUGUUUUACACAGUCCCUAUCAGUGAGGAAGCUGUGUUACUCCUGCGCAGAUCAUUUCGUGACCAGUUGCAGGUAGUUUAAGUCGAAUGGAAGUCCUUUUGGGACCGCCAGUAAAAUAAAUAUUGGUUUAAGGCAAAAAGAUUGAAAAAAUCAAGUGAUUCCAAUACCGUGACGUCAAGAAACAACAUGAUGUACUGUUUUACUCCAGAAACCAACAAAGAUACACCGAGGUUAUGUUAUAUAUUAGACUUACGUUAGUAUGAGGAUACAUGAUGUAGGUCAUAGUUCCCAAGCAAAAGUCACAUGAAGCGGACAACUUUUUCUAAACUAUAAGUUUUUUUUGUAAUUCUAGUCAGGUAUGUGAAACAUAUACUAGACGAAAAUAUGUUAGUUAAUACUUAUAUCCAACGCGUAUAUAACCUGCCAUGAAUCAAUGGGUUUACAAUGAAAUAUUUUGCCGACUGUAAAUAAGGGACUGGAUUUCUUAUAGAAAGUCCUAUGUUUUUCAUCUGCACAUACAUGUCUUGUAUGCUUUAAAUGUGUGCUUUAUUUAAACCGAGCGAUAUUAUUUAGCCAACAAGUGGAAUCUAGAAAAUAAGAGUGGCUUUUCCGACUGAUGGUUGCAUGUGCUUCAAACAGAACUGGUAAACUGAGGUGUCCUAAGUUUAGCUAGGCGCAUCUGAUUGUCAGUGAGAUUUAAGGACCAUGGCUAGUGUUUUGAUUUUAUCAAGAAAGUGAGAAGGAGAGGUGUCCUUAGUGAGCGAUGAAAUCACUGCAAAGAGGAGUAUUUUGAUGACUUUGUAAGUCAUCAUUUAUAUAUAUGAACCCUUCCUUUGAGGGAUGAGUCCACUGAGUAGGCAUUGGAAGUACCAGUUGAAAGUAUGCUAAGAAGAGUGGUUGUAUACCACCUAAAAGAGUUGUCUUCUGAUGGAGAGUGAGAAGUUGGCGGGUGGCAUCCUGAGGGGAUCAGGGGUUAAUGUUCGCUUCCCCGGCCCUGCACGGGCACGCGAAGGGAACAUUAGCCGCGUGUGGGGGAGGGGUAUAAAACUGCUGGCAGAAACAUGAAAGACAACUCUCAUAUUUUCAAGAGUGUAUCUAGUUUACAUGUAUAUACUCUAUAGACGCGUUUAAGCUGGUUGUGUCGUGUUCGUUGCACAAAGGCCUAUUACAUGUAAAGUAGGCUAUUUGUACUGGCUAUAAUCACGUCGACAAAGCCGAGGUGCGUAUUGCAUCAUAGUUUGUAUAUUUGGAAACGAGGGCAGUCUAUAUGUGAAUUACACUCUUUUGUAUGUCCUCUAUUGUUCAACAUGAUGUUCUUUUCAACUAGACACGUUCGCUAGAAGUCAGUUUGUGUAAUGUAAAAAUGCAUAUAUAAAUCAGUUUAGAUACUCCAUUUGUAAAAACGAUAAGAGAUGUAUUUCCAGUUAUUACUCGCUUGCUGAUUGUUUUAUCUUGUUGAUCACGUUGAUACAUAAAACCCCUAAUUUGAACUUAUGAGUCACUACGACCAUGUUCAUAAUUUCAUUGGAGAUUUCACUGCCAAAGCAUAUCAAUUGUCUAUUCAAACUAGGGUUAAAUAAAGUAUUUUGUUGUGAUGGACUUUUAUUUCCAGCUUGGCAAAAUAGUUGAAUUCUUCUAGCUGAACAUAAUCCACAUUGGUGAUUCUGUCAUGUUAGGGUUUUUCUUUGGCCAUAUCGUUUCACUACAUUGCUGUACAGUACUUUCUGUGUCGUCUCUCGACCAUUUUUCAGACGUUAUUUGAUAUUGCGUGUCAGCAAGAAUUAAUAAAGACCUAAUGAAGACUAAGAAUGUGGAAGCAGUAGGCAUCUUAUCUAAACAGUUGGUACCAAAUUAAGACAAUAUGUGGCUUUUCGGCUCCAGGCAUCCAGUACUUUGAAAGACGCCAUGUAUCUCCAUCAUCUUCAGGACUUCAGAGCUGAAUGAGGUAUAAUUUUUUCGUGAGAUCAUUACAUUGAAUUGAUAAGAACUGCUAUCUAAGUUCCGAAAUAUUAGGACCCCGGCCUAAGAGACACCUGUUCCAAAUUCUUAGCCUUUAUUAAUUUUUGGUGUUAGUGGCACCACUAGUCCAUGAAAAAUGCAUUUAAUUUCUAUAAUGUGUUGCUGAAUUGUAAAAUUUCACCCUCUACAGGGAGUGUCCCGCUUGAAUAAACGGCAUUAAAAUCUUCCUAGGUUUUCCGAAUGAUGAGGAGUUUGUCUCAUAUAGCAGCUUAGUUUGCGUCGUUUAUCCGAACAACUUGUAUGCACCCCACAUACUAAUUUCCCCUAAUUCAGGGGAAAUGUACUCCUUUACCCAAAGCCAGUAGUGACAAUAUAUACGUGUAUGCACAGAUUUCAUUAUACCUCUGACCGUUACUUUUCCUGUGAUGUUUUAAGCCAGGUUCAAUAAAAACAGGUUCAUAAAAAACUCAGGGGUGAACCACUAACAUUUCACUUCAGAAAGUGGGUAGUUUUGCUAUGGCUUCAGCGAUCGCACAAUGUGUGGCAAAGAUAACAUCAGGCUGCACUCCAAAUUCGGAUUGGAUUUCAGGCUUUAAUGCUGGGUUGAAUAGACAUCGAACACUAAAUUCUCCAAAUGGAAAAAAAGUAACUUACCCCCAUUCUUGUGCAUCCUCACAUACCAGGGGGUUUUCAAUGUAGCCUAACCUUCCUUCUUCACAUUUCAAACAUCCUGUAUCUCAGGAUGCUUCUUGUGCAGCUUCGAUUUUCGUGUUAUGGACACAUACAACCAUUUCAUUUAGAAUCAACGAGAAGAAAUUCUACGUACGACUUCUAAUGACGUGUCUCUCUAGUGCGAAAUUAAUGCAUUGUUAUAAAACAGCACGCGUCCCAAAGCCGUCGCAUCCGUCAAGUGGCGGGCAGACCAGCACGAUAUAAAUGUAGAAAAAUAUAAUUUUCUGCAUGGCCACUCGUCAAUAAUUUACUGUUUUGGUGCUUCAUGUUGUAACCUGUAAAGUGGUCUCCUGGGUUUUUUUACAAGUCAACUAAGUGACUUAAAAGGUCGACCUGUUCGCAGUGUUGCAAGGUGACGAAAGCAUGGUGGCCUCCCGAGUUUGUCUUCUGUAUCGGCCUACUGUUAGUUUUCAAGCGCACGAUGUACUGUUAGGGUCAUCAGGCGCAUGAUAUAAACAAAAUGUCCCACAUAAUGUAUCAAUUUAAGUUACGGGUAAGUCGCUACGAUACGAGCAUAUAAGGUAUAUGUAUACACCAAAACCCAUCGCUGCAAGUUCAUGACAACCAGUUAAACAAGGAGUGGUAAUUAUUGUCGGAGCAGACGUUUGAAAAGUUGCGGGAUAAAGUGUUCUACAUGCAAGUGAAUAUGUACUAUAAUAUAUCAUAGGGCCUCCAUUGGAAAUGUACUUUGGCAAAGGGUCUCGUUCUAAGAAAUAAAAUCUUUCCGCAAAUUACGAACAUAAUUAUACGAGAGAAUAGAAGGCAGUUCGGGGUAUAUCGGAAAAUGUACACAAAAAAAAUCAUUGGCUACCAUUUGGCUUUUCUGUACACUUUCUGUUUGCUUGUCUUCCAGACUAUGGCAUCGAUCUAACCACUGUACUCAUAAAACAACAUCGCAAAGCUACCGGAAAAGGAAAUCGGGUUUUUCAUCAAAAUAUCACCCCCAACGAAUUAUCCCAUUGGUUGUUCGGUCAAAAUACGCGCUUACUUCAGUACCAUUGCAAGUAUCAGAGAAAACGCCCUUUCCGACCCUGACGCCUCUGACGAUGAUAACUACAUGUAUAACUAUUUUCUGGCACUUUUGUGUCACUUUUCAGAUUCCUUCAACAGAAUCGUUCUGUUUUUAAAAUAUCUGGUUUACGUAGAUACAGUUCCCUUUCACUUUGGCAUUUCCCAUGUAUAUAUAUAUAUUCUUUGUUGUUUUUUUAUCAUGAUAGAUGACGUUCUCAUUUUUGAACAAAAUGCAACCAAUUUCCCUGUAUUUUCGUCGCAAAUGUGUUAUUCCUGGUGUGCUUCAAGAACCUCAGUAAACAACAAUAGUGGACGUUUGUAUCGUACUCUACUCAGGUUAUAAUUGCCGCAGAUUUUAACCAAUGGUAUGUGGCUAUCCUAUAACGUGCAUAUAAUUACUGCAUUGGCUCUCCGGCAUUGGCCCUCUAAUCGAGUCCCAUUUCGCGUGAAAAUAUUGACUUUGCUUGUUAUGUUGUGGAACCAGUAGAGAGAAAGAAUAUGUCGAUGAACGCACGCAUGUUUUACCUCAAAUAAAGUAUAAAUUGUAUUUUUUAAAUCAAUAAAAAAGAUGACGGACUGACGUUAAACGCCGCCAAUUAUUUAGGAGUGGCGGCAACGACUUGACCAAAGGCUUGGACAUUGCCAUGUCCUCAAUUCAUGAGGUGGCAAAGAAUUAUAGCCAAAAUAAUUGUCAGUUCAAUGCAUCGAUACCAGUGUCAUCCUCAAUGUGCGUUAAUUAGUUACGUCAGCCAUUUUUACCAACUUUACUUGCAACAUUUGUGGUAUAUUGUCGUCGUAUGCAUUUCUUCGCAAAUUAAAUUAUAUAAUAAUAAUAAUUGUUCGGCUGUGGUCGGUAAAAUACUGUACAUUUCACAUUGUAUCAGCGCGGAAUCAAGAAUAAUUUCGUUUUAUUCUUGCCGGUAUCCAGUGAUUUAAUAACUAGAUAAGACAUGGUAGAUUGAGGCGUGUAUAUAAAUGUCAAAAUAACUCCCAGUAUUGGAAUACUCGUGAAGAGCCAACAUGACUAUUAUCCCACUGGCAGCAGAAGUUUCAUGGAAGUGAGAUGAUUUAUAUGACACCUUAAUGGUUAGAAAGCCCUUGUUUUUAAAACGUUGAUUUCAUGCCUAGCCAUUGCUAGUGUGACAAUGAUAACUCCAAGGAAAACAUUUCCUAAUUCCGAAUAUUACUUGAAUGGCCGAAUUUCUGAAAUGUUCGAAGCUAAAUUUUCAGAUUUUGAUCCGAGUCAUGAUGGCCCUUGACUGGUGUUCUAGAAAUGAAACGUAUUCAUAGUUAUGUAACUUUGUACCAUGAAAAGACACAUUCAGGACAUUGUAUCCCGGAGUAACGUUUUUUAGUGUUUCGUUUCUGAGUGUUUCCCCUAUACAUGUAGUUUGGAAACGCUAAAAGACCGAUUGAGACGUUUUACCUUUUUCCCCUACUAAGUCAUUGCCUCUCUACCUGUCUGUUGUAUGGAAACACACACCCAAAAACGUUACACCGGCAUUUUACCAAUGAGUCUGGGGCCGGACUGAGGAAAAUUUACACCAAUUCGCUUAUUCUAGUUGUAAUGACUUCUAGUUUUAGUGUGCCUGUCUUGAUGUCAGUGUAUUGUAAAUAGAGAAUGAAGUGCAGCUAUUUCACCAUCGACCGAAUCUCAGUUGCGAUUAUGGCAUUCUGGGAAAGAAAUAUUGACGUGUGAAGUCUCCUUAAAAGUGUAACCAAAUUCAGUGUAUAGGCCUACAGCAUAUUGACUUGACCAGUUACACAAAAAAAUGUGAUGGGGAUCACAGUGUGCGAUCCAGUGCCUUUCAACUACAGCUCAAAUAUACCAGUAUAUUAUAAUACAAGUUGUGUUUCAGCAAAUUUAAUAAAAGGUUUAUGUGUGUGAACCGUUAGUGGUUGAAAUUAAAGUCAACAAGAACGAUGAAGAAUUCUCCUAAACUGUCAAAAUACUUGGAUAGUGGCUUUUUAAUACUUUCACCUCAUUUCGAUUAUAUAUCAUUAUCUUCGACGUUACAGACUAUAUUUGUUAUUGAAUUACGGUCAACAUCAUUACUACGCUUCGUGAAUUAGCCUCACUUCAUGAAGCUAUCUUUCCAUUUUGUACAGUGGAUCAGUUUUCCAUGAGCAAUGACGUGAUUUUCAAAAUGCAGUUAUUUAUUUUACAUGAAAUUGUAUAAAUGUAUUGAAUCACAAGAAAUAAAGCAUGGAAAAAUUGUA